AUGCAUUUCUCGCCCGCAGUAGCGCUCCUCGUCGCCCUGACGCCUUCGUGCAUCCUCGCCGCGCCCACGCAGGCCUCCAUCCAACGGCGAGACGACUCGGCCUCGGAGAAUGAGGGCUCGUCCAACUACAUCACCAGCACAAUAUCCAACGUCUGGCGCCAAGCCAGCAGCUGCGACAUGACCUCCGUCACCAUGCCUCUCGACCAAGCGCCCAGCCCGACGCCCCUCCCCUCGCCGUCUUCCGGCCUUGUCCUCUCGCACGUCGCCGUCGGCCGGGGCACCCAGAACUACACCUGCUCCGGCGUCGACCCGUCGUCGAGCCCGACGGCCAAGGGCGCCGUGGCCACGCUCUUCAACGCCACCUGCCAGGCCGCGCGCACGCCCGACCUGCUCUACGACACGCCGUCCAUCGCGCUGGCCUACGACGUGCCGUCGGCGCAGACGGCCCUGGCCGCGUACGACAUCCUGCUGUCCGGCCACCACUUCUUCACCAACGACUCGACCCCCUUCUUCGACCUCGACACCAGCGAGCACAGCUACGGCACCGUCGCCUGCAAGAAGGACGCCGCCUCCAACGCCCCCACCGCCGACUCGACCUCGACCGUCAAGUCCAACUACGCCGCCGGCACCGAGGGCACCGACAACGGCGACGUCCCCUGGCUCAAGCUCGAGGCCGUCCAGGACAGCACCGGCUACACCUGGAGGGAGGUCUACCGCCUCAACACCGCCGGCGGCCAGUCCCCCAAGACGUGCGAGGGCAUCGACGGCGACUUCACCGUCGAGUACGCCGCCACUUACUGGUUCUGGUCCGAGCCCGGCAAGGACGGCUACCUGAACGGCGCCGUUGCCGGUACGCCCGACGGCAUGUGA